GGCUCGGAAGGGCCAAGCCACGCGCGUCUUGCAUACAGAUCUCUUAACCAUCUUCCACCGUGUGGAGAAGCUCGGCAGCUGGUUUUCCACAGAGAGCGGGGUUGUCCCAGGGCGUCGAUGUGGGUAUCCCGCUCUCUUCAGGGCUCAUCUCGGCCUUCCUGGGGCAGCGGCCGCACGGAUAUCCGACAGGCGGGCGUCAGUCGGGUCACCGCCCUUGACGGUGGCGGGCUCUUGACGCGAGGCAGGUUUGCGCGCUGUACUUCAGGAGUACUCGUGUGUCCUGGGGCAGCACUGCGAGCGCGAGCGAAAGACCUGUGGUUUCCAUUCUCACCCUGCCGCAGCUCACAGUGUACUUUUAAAUUUAAUACAGAUGCUGCUGAGUUCAUUCCUCAAGAGAGAAAAAAUUCUGGUCUAAACAGUGGGAGUCAAAGGAGACUAGAUUCUAAUAGGAUUGGUAGAAGAAAUUACAGUUCACCACCUCCCUGCCACCUUUCUAGGCAAGUUCCUUAUGAUGACAUUUCUGCUGUUCAUCAGCACAGUUAUCAUCCUUCAGGAAGCAAACCUAAGAAUCAACAGACUUCUUUCCAAUCCUCUGCUUCUAAUAAAUCACUCAAGAGCCAUGGCCUUCAGAAUCACCCUUGGCAGAAAUUGAAGAGUGAAAAGCAGCACAUCAGAGUUAAGAGAGCACAGAGUCUCAUUGACCAGACCUCAGAAGCAGCUGGGUUAGAAAGCGUGGCCAAGUCCGAGAGUGGGACCAACCUCAGAGAGCACAGCCCGUCUGAGAAUGAGAAGGAAAUUGUCGGUGCAGACCCCAGAGGAGCAAAACCCAAAAAAGCAACCCAGUUUGUGUACAGCUAUGGUAGAGGACCAAAAGUCAAGGGGAAGCUCAAAAGUGAGUGGGGUAACAGAUUGACUCCAAAACCUGAGGAUGCAGUAUCUGAAAACACCAAACCUGUGGGGGUUAUCCAGCUUGAUUCUUCGGAUACAUCCUCUAGAAAAGGAAUAGUGGAUGGCUCUGGGGCCAGACGCAGCGAGCAGAAAAGAUACCUACAGAAGAGGCCUCCCUGGGAAGUGGAGGGGGCCAGGCCACGACCAGGCAGGAAUCCACCAAAACAGGAGGGCCAACGACAUACAAACAUAGGAUUCAGAAACAACACGGCCUCCAUUCCAAAAGAUAAUCUUAAUGAAAGACCAGCAAAAUCUGCCUGUGACAGUGAGAACUUGGCAGUCAUCAACAAGUCUUCCAGAAGGGUUGACCUAGAGAAAUGUGCUGUAAGGAGGCAGGAUCCUCAGGUAACAUCUUUCCCCCGAGGCAAACAGAACCACCUGCUGAAGAAUGUGGAAACACACACAGGUUCUCUAAUUGAACAGCUGACUACAGAAAAAUAUGAGUGCAUGGUGUGCUGUGAAUUGGUUCGUGUCACAGCCCCUGUGUGGAGUUGUCAGAGCUGUUACCAUGUAUUUCAUUUGAACUGCAUAAAGAAAUGGGCAAGGUCUCCAGCGUCUCAAGCAGAUGGCCAGAGUGGUUGGAGGUGCCCUGCAUGUCAAAAUGUUUCUGCACAUGUUCCUAAUACCUAUGCUUGUUUCUGUGGCAAGGUAAAGAACCCUGAAUGGAGCAGAAAUGAAAUUCCUCAUAGUUGUGGUGAGGUCUGUAGAAAGAAACAGCCUGGCCAGGACUGCCCACAUUCCUGUAACCUUCUGUGCCAUCCUGGACCUUGCCCACCCUGUCCUGCCUUUAUGACUAAGACGUGUGAAUGUGGACGGACCAGGCACACAGUUCGCUGUGGUCAGGCUAUCUCAAUCCACUGUUCUAACCCUUGUGAGAAUAUUUUGAAUUGUGGUCAGCACCACUGUGCUGAGCUGUGCCAUGGCGGUCAGUGCCAGCCUUGUCGGAUCAUAUUGAACCAGGUAUGCUACUGUGGCAGCACCUCCCGAGACGUGUUAUGUGGAACAGACGUAGGAAAGUCUGAUGGAUUUGGGGACUUUGGCUGUUUAAAGAUAUGUAGCAAGGAUUUGAAAUGUGGGAACCAUACGUGUUCUCAAGUGUGCCACCCUCAGCCCUGCCAGCCCUGCCCACGGCUCCCCCAGCUGGUGCGCUGCUGCCCUUGUGGGCAAACUCCUCUCAGCCAAUUGCUAGAACUUGGCAGUAGCGGUCGGAAAACAUGCAUGGAUCCUGUCCCUUCAUGUGGAAAAGUGUGCGGCAAGCCUCUCCCUUGUGGUUCCUUAGAUUUCAUUCAUACCUGUGAAAAGCUCUGCCAUGAAGGAGACUGUGGACCAUGCUCUCGCACAUCAGUUAUUUCCUGCAGAUGCUCUUUCAGAACGAAGGAGCUUCCAUGUACCAGUCUCAAAAGUGAAGGUAUGACUGGGAAAGGGCAUGAGGAAACUUUCUGGGGUGAAGCAGAUGCUACAUUUAUGUGUGACAAGCGGUGUAACAAGAAGCGGUUAUGUGGACGGCAUAAGUGUAAUGAGAUAUGCUGUGUGGAUAAGGAGCACAAGUGUCCUUUGAUUUGUGGGAGGAAACUCCGUUGUGGCCUACAUAGAUGUGAAGAACCUUGUCAUCGUGGGAAUUGCCAGACGUGUUGGCAAGCUAGUUUUGAUGAAUUAACCUGCCACUGUGGCGCGUCAGUGAUCUACCCUCCAGUUCCCUGUGGUACCAGGCCCCCUGAGUGUACCCAAACCUGUGCCAGAGUCCAUGAAUGUGACCAUCCAGUAUAUCAUUCUUGUCAUAGUGAAGACAAGUGUCCCCCUUGUACUUUUCUAACUCAGAAAUGGUGCAUGGGCAAACAUGAGUUACGAAGCAACAUCCCCUGUCACCUGGUUGAUAUCUCUUGCGGAUUACCCUGUGGUGCCACACUGCCAUGUGGGAUGCACAGGUGUCAGAGACUCUGUCACAAAGGAGAGUGUCUUGUGGAUGAGCCCUGCAAGCAGCCAUGCACCACCUCCAGAGCUGACUGUGGCCACCCAUGUAUGGCGCCCUGCCACCUCAGCUCACCCUGCCCAGUGACUGCUUGUAAAGCUAAGGUAGAGCUGCAGUGUGAAUGUGGACGAAGAAGAGAAACCAUGAUUUGCUCUGAAGCAUCCAGUACUUAUCAAAGAAUAGCAGCUAUUUCCAUGGCCUCAAAAAUAACAGACAUGCAGCUUGGAGAUUCGGUGGAGAUCAGCAAGUUAAUUACUAAGAAGGAAAUUCACCAAGCCAGGCUGGAGUGUGAUGAGGAGUGUUCAGCCUUGGAAAGGAAAAAGCGAUUAGCAGAGGCAUUGCAUAUCAGUGAUGAUUCUGAUCCUUUCAAUGUACGUUCUUCCGCAUCAAAAUUCAGUGACAGUUUGAAAGAAGAUGCCAGGAAGGACUUAAAAUUUGUCAGUGACAUUGAGAAGGAAAUGGAAGCCCUUGUGGAGGCCGUGAAUAAGGGGAAGAACAGUAAGAAAAGCCACUGCUUCCCUCCCAUGAACCGAGACCACCGCCGGAUCAUCCAUGAUCUGGCCCAAGUGUACGGCCUGGAGAGCGUGAGCUAUGACAGUGAACCAAAGCGUAACGUCGUGGUCACUGCAGUCAGAGGGAAGUCUAUUUGUCCUCCUAACACGCUGACGAGUGUACUUGAAAGGGAAAUGCAGUCACGGCCUCCACCACCGAUUCCUCAUCACAGACAUCAGACAGACAAGAAUCCUGGGAGCAGUAAUUUACAGAAGAUAGCCAAGGAGCCAAUAAUUGACUACUUUGAUGUCCAGGACUGAGAGGAUCAAGAUGCACUUAGCAAAAGGAAUGAUUAGGUGUGGUGGAGACCCGUUUGCUAGCAGAUACAUCGCUCUUGUUCCCAGCUGUCUGGUGGACUCACAGCUCACACACUGUCUUGUUCUGAUACAUCCAAAGCAUGAGUAUAUCAGAAACCCCCCUGUCUUCCCUGCCAUCUUUAUAAAGUGUCUCAGAAUGGCCAGA